AUGGACGAGGGUGCCAGGAAGAAGCCGGCCAAAGCGAGCCACCAAAUAAGACUAGCUGAUGUCCACGAACUCAAGGCACUCGCGAUAGAGGAGUACCAGGAAUAUCUAAAGUUGGUGAAGAAUGCCGAAUGGCAGCAGCAAAAGUUGCAGCAAAACUGGGACAAGUUUCAUCUUUUUUACGAGCAAAAUGGAUUGGCCACGUUUGGACAUAAGGCGAGGAAGAAAAAGCACCAGGGAAUGGUAAAUAACAAAAACGAGAAGGAUAAAAAAAAAGAAAAACUUCACCCGAAAUAUUCCUCCAGUCACUGCGUAUAUUACGACAAUUAUCAAUCCAUCGAAGACGACUUAAAAAUAAUUAAACGGAGAGAAAGGAAAAGAGGCUGCUACUAUUUCAAGGCAAAUAACAACAACGACAAUAGCAAAAAUUUCAUCCUACACAUUUUAAAAGAUAUUCCUCUAGCGGUGGAACUGUACAUAAACAUUAAAAUCGAGGCAAUCAAUAAAAUAAAAAAUAAUGUACUCACAAAUAUGAACAAUUUUUGCAAAACCAGAAUGGACAAAAUUAUUCUCCUCAUCCUCCUGUGUGAAGUCAAAUUAAACAAUCUCUACAUUCGCCAAAAGGAUGUUACCCAUGGAGAAAAUAAAGCCGAUAUUCACUUAACAAGAAAUAUAAUUCGUCUUUGUCAUGGCGUUAUAGAAGAGGUCACCAGAAAGUUAAUUCCUUUUUUUUUUUCCUUCAACAUAUUUUCCCCUCCCGAUUAUUUUAAUUACCGCUUUGAGCACUUCCAUACAAUUGUACAAGGUAUCGUGCCCAUUCCUUGA